CCCACUCAAUUUGUCACAUUUUUUUAUUAAUUAAUAUUGUUUUUUGGUAAAGUUUUUAUUAAUUAAUUAAUUAAAGAAAAAACACUUUAGUAGCGACUCUAUCAAAAAUAAAAUUUCAUAAACCCUAAUCCCAAAAAUCCCUAAUCAAUUGAAUCUCGACGCCAUGAACGUCGAUCACGAUCAACCACCUCACACCACCGCCACCGCCGCCGCAAAGGCACAACAAGCCUUACAAACCCUAACAGCAGGCCCACUCACCUCCUCAGUAGCGAAACUCGCCGCAUCUUCACGUUGCAUACCUGCCGAAAGAGACUACUUUUUCUACCGCAACUUCAACGAAUUCAAGGUUCCAGUCGAUGAGAUUUCGCGUGAAUCGCAGUCGAUGUUGGAAGCAAUUGGUGUUGCAGCGAAUGCAGCGUUUCCGGAUGAUAUAGAUGAUGGUUACGACUGGCUUGUGAAUGUAAACGACGACGUUUUGGAGCGGUUUGAUGUGUCGGCAGACGAGUUUCGGAAGGUUCGAGAAGAGGAGGAGAAGAGUGGACGUGUAAAUGUGAAUGAGGGUAUGAUGGUUGAAGAUGGAUUUGAGUUGGUUUGUGGUAAGAAAAAGAAAGGUGGUAGAGGGAAGGUUGUGGUGGAGGAUUCGGAGAUUCCGGUGGUGGAUGGUGUUAAGGUGGCUAUGAAGGAUAAGAAAACGUUGGGGCCGAAGGCGAAGAUUCCGUUUCAUAUACCAACGAUUCGGAGGCCACAGGAUGAGUAUAGUAUAAUUGUUAAUAAUUCAAAUUUGCCCUUUGAGCAUGUUUGGUUGCAGAGGAGUGAUGAUGGACAGAAGUUUGUUCAUCCAUUGGAAAAGCUCUCUGUUUUGGAUUUUGUUGAUAAAGAUUCCGAGAAUGUUGUGCCCCAAAAGCCUCCCUCGUUAGAAAGCACCCCUUUCAAGCUUGUAGAAGAAGUCAAAGAUUUGAAGGAGAUGGCUGCUAAGCUGCGUUCUGUUAAUGAAUUUGCGGUUGAUUUGGAACAUAAUCAAUAUCGGUCAUUCCAAGGUUUGACUUGCCUGAUGCAAAUCUCAACAAGGACUGAAGAUUUCGUUGUCGACACUUUGAAACUUCGCAUUCAUAUUGGGCCCCAUCUUAGGGAACUCUUCAAGGACCCUUCCAAGAGAAAGGUUAUGCAUGGUGCGGAUAAAGAUAUUGUGUGGCUUCAACGAGACUUUGGCAUUUAUGUUUGUAAUUUGUUUGACACUGGCCAGGCUUCAAAGGUGUUACAAUUGGAGCGAAAUAGUUUAGAGUUUCUUCUGCACCAUUUUUGCGAGGUUUCAGCAAACAAAGAAUACCAAAAUGCUGAUUGGCGACUGCGCCCAAUUCCUGAUGAGAUGUUAAGAUAUGCCAGAGAAGAUACACACUAUCUGCUGUAUAUAUAUGAUUCAAUGAGGAUUAAUUUAUCUGCCUUGCCAAAGGCGUCUGAAAGUUCUGAUGCUCCUCUGGUCGAGGUCUACAAGCGCAGUUAUGAUGUUUGCAUGCAGUUAUAUGAAAAAGAACUUCUGACAGAAAACUCCUACCUUCAUAUAUAUGGGCUGCAAGGUGCUGGUUUUAAUGCUCAACAGCUUGCCAUCGUUUCAGGCCUGUGUGAAUGGCGGGACAUUGUUGCUCGUUCAGAGGAUGAGAGUACUGGAUAUGUAUUGCCAAAUAAAUCUGUUCUUGAAAUUGCUAAGCAUAUGCCUGUUACUACAAACAAGCUACGGCGAUUGGUGAAGUCAAAGCACCCAUAUCUUGAACACAAUCUUGAUUCUGUUGUUAACGUCAUCAGGCAUUCAAUUCAGAAUGCUGCUGCUUUUGAAGUAGUUGCUCAACAAUUGAAAGAAGGACAAGCCAGCACUGCAUCGGACGCAGUACCUGUUACCGAUCAAACUGAAGAACCUGUACUCCAAACACAGAACCCAAAGGAAUCUUUUCAGCAUCAAGAUACCGAAAUAAAAAUAAAGUUGAAGCCCAAUAAUGUCACAUCUGAGAUCCCCAGGGAAAGUCUCACUAUUUCAGAGCAGACAAGGGAUGCAAAUGUUGGUGCACUCUCUACACUGAAGGGAAAUGGAGCGACUGUUCAGGUUCUUAAAAAGCCUGGUGGUGCUUUUGGGGCACUUCUAGGGAACACUUCAAAGAGGAAGCUUGGUCUUGAUAAAAAGGGAAAAGAAGAGAUCAAGCUAGAGAAAAUUAGAUCUUCAGUCACUCUUCCUUUCCAUUCAUUUUCGGGUAGCAGUGACAAGGCAAAAACUGUAGUAGCAACUCCUAGUGUAGCAUCAGAACAACAGAAACCUGUUUCUGAUCUUUCCACCUCCCCUCUAGAUGAGAUUAUAAUGCUGGAGACCGAUACAGGUGCAGAGGAGGAUAGGGAGAAAAAUUCUAGUGCCUCCACUUCAGAUGAGGAUGAGCCAACGUCUCUCUCGGAACUGUCGUCAAACUUUCAAAAGUGCUUUCAGUCUAACAAAAAAAAUAACAAAACCGGAAAACCAAAGAAAACUGAACAAGCUAGUGGCUUAUUGCAGCUGACGCCAUUUGAUUAUGAAGCAGCAAUGAACCAUGUUAAGUUUGGAGAAAAAAAGAAGGAUCCAUCCUCCCAAAAUUGUGAUGGUCGCGCUGAGAAAAAAGACUCGGGUGGGAAGAAGCGUCCAACAAUCGGAGAGGGACAACCAAGUGAUUUGACUAAACAAUUUCAACAAGGUAGAAGGCGUGCAGCAUUUCCUGCUUCUGGGAAUCGCAGUGCAACGUUCCGCUGAGACAAUUGAAAAGCCACAAAUGUUGCACUUAGCAUAACCUUUAUUCUCUAGUAUAGUUGCUUAUAUGAAGGAUGAAAAAAAAUUCCGAAACCAACAAAUCUAUAAGUCACAUCUAUAAGCAAUUUGUUUGUAACUUGUUUGUAAUGUAGCAGUUUAGAAAAUCCAAAUUUGAGGUUCAUUUUUUAUUAUAUUUAACUUUACAAACUAAUUUUGACUCA